AUGCAUUGCCAAGCAAUCGUUUGUUUGCUGUCGCUAUGGUUACCGACCAGCGCAUAUGAGACUGUAUUUAUCGUAAAUAAGCUCAAAAAAGAUCUGCUAAAAAGUGAGGUUAUAUUUACCGUAAAAAAUGAAUCGUUCGGGUGAGGCUUUGGAGAAAAAUACGCGUGGGAGGUGUCUUCUGGAUAACUGGGUAGAGGAGAGAGCCUCGGCUUUGCUAGACAAGACAAAUGACAGAGCUCAGAUUCACAGGUCUGGACACAAAGGGAUCCUCUCUGCAGAUAUGACAGCCAAAGUCCAGGAUAUCACCACUAUGAAGGCAGAGUUCACACACCCCACAGACCUCAGGGUGAGACAGAGAGGAAUCGGAGGGGAACUCUUUGAAAAACACCUCUACCAGUCAAUACGUGAACAGGUACUCAAGGAAUGGAGCCCCCCUGUUCCUCCAGCAGAGCUUGUCUCCACGACCAAAGACGACUAUGGAGCAGAAGGAUUUAAACCCACUUUCCCGGAUCCUUCUUGGGAACAUAACUUUAGAAGUGAGCAAGCAAUAACUUUUUGGAGUGAGAAUCAUAAGAAAAUACAGGGUGUCACCCCCGUGAGAAGCAGAGACACUCCAUUUAAGAAAAACAGUAGCUUCAGCACACCAAUCAGUGCACGCCUCGAUGACGAUGAAAAGAACCAGCAUCUGUGAGGGCUCGAGACAUUUGGGGCCGAGUGAAUGAUUUCAAGGAUGGUACAGAGAGUGUCAAAAUGAGCAUGCCAAUGUUAAUUGCGCAUCAGAUUGUGAAACGUUCCCAAAUUGUGACACGAUAUAAAUCCCAUUCCUAACUGUCA